CUGGGGUGAACCCCGUAUCCUGGAGGCGAAGGGAUAAACACGGUAACUUGAUUCUUGCCAAGGUCUGUUAAGGAUAUUUAAGUAGAAUGGGGCUGGCACUUUUCUAUCUGAAAUAUUUGUUGAAUUUAUAUACUUGUUGCAACCAUGGCUGUCCACUCGAUCAAAGGGCCCGAUCCGGAGCACGUCGAGGAUAACGAGAAAGGCGCCGUAUCUUCACAAGUAUCAGACCCUUCGUUACAGUACGACGAUGCUAUCGUGAAGCGAAUCAAGCGCAAGAUUGACGUGAGGCUAUGUGUGGUCGUCGCGAUCAUGUACACCGUCUGCCAGAUCGAUCGGGUCAACCUGCCAAAUGCGUAUGUGCUACACUGGCAAAAUGAGCGGGACACACUACGUAUGUCCACAAUCGUCGCGCUCUUCUUUGUCACGUACACCCUUUUCCAGCCUAUAAUGACCGUCAUCGCACGCAAGAUCGGACCGCGGAUAUUCAUGGGAUUCAUAACUGUUGCCUGGGGGCUGGUGAUGGUUGGCAUGGGCCUCGUCCACGACUGGCGCGAAAUGACCGGCCUGCGAGUUGUCCUUGGUGUGUUCGAGGCUGGUCUCUUUCCCUCUGCCGUCUUUUUGAUUAGCAGUUGGUAUAUCCGCCAGGAAACGGGGAAGCGGAUUGGGCUUUUUUACCUGCUGGGAAGUGCGCUUUCGUCGUUUGGCGGGAUUCUUGCGUAUGGGUUACAACAAAUGGACGGAAUCCAAGGCCACGCUGGCUGGAGAUGGAUCUUCAUAAUCGAAGGGAUUCUCACCAUUGCUAUAGGUCUGCUAGGGUUCAUUCUUAUCGUCGACUUCCCCGAAGAUGCGCGCCGCACGCGCUGGUUCUUGACGAACGCCGAAAUCGAUAUCAUGAUUGACCGAGUCGACAAGGACCGGGGAGAUGCCCAUGUAACUCCGUUUGUGCUGAAGGAGUACUUGCAGUAUGCCUUUGAGUGGCAGGGGUGGCUGCUGGCUGUGAACUUUUUGAUGACUGCUAUUGUAAUCUACGCGGUCUCUUAUUUCCUGCCGAUUGUUCUCCAGCAAGGACUCGGCUUUGACGUCGCAAGGGCGCAGACUCUUACAGCCCCAUGCUUCCUCUUCGGAUCCCUCCUGGGCAUAAUUGAGAGUUGGAUAUCAGACAAGUACAACACGCGCGGCAUCGUCGUCGUUAUCAACGCCGUCCUGCAGAUCGUUGGAAUCGCGCUCUUAGGUUAUGCAACGGGUAACGGCGUACGAUACUUUGGCGCCUUUAUCCUGACGGGCAGCUGCAAUGCGAAUAUCCCUGCCUCGCUGACCUACCAGUCGAAUAAUAUCACGGGCCAGUGGCGCAGGGCGUUUGGGUCGGCGCUUAUUGUUGGCGCUGGUGGUGUAGGGGGUGUUAUUGGGGGAUUGGUUUUUCGGGAGCAGGAUUCGCCAGAGUAUAGACCGGGUUUGUGGACGUGCUUUAUUGCGGCUGGGAUUACGAUUGUCUCGGUGGGGAUCACGACGUGUACGAUGGCCAGGGCGAAUAAGAAGCAGAAGAAUGGUCUGGUUUUAUUUGAUACUCCGGGAUUCCGGUUUACGUUGUGAUGGCUGGAAUAUAAUUCAGCAUUAGAAGCUGAACAAGUAUCCCACUUCGGCCUAAAGGCUGCGAG